CAAACACCUUCCUCCGCCAACCUCUGUCUCUCUCUCUAUCCCUUUUUCUUUUUCACUCAUUGCUCUGCACCUUCUCCCCUGUUCGCUUGUCUUUUAACUUUUACUUUAUUUAUAAAAUAUUAGUCUCACAUCACUCUCCAUUUUUAUUCUGCUUUGCUCUCUCUCUCUCUUCUUCUACUUCUUUUCUUUCAACCAUGGCCUCAUCUCCAAUCCAAGAAGGUAACGUUGUUGACUCUUGGUUGACCAUAUAAUUUUCAUCAUCCUUUGUCUUUCUUUUUUUAAAAAAUAAAGGUUGUUCUUUAGCUUUAAAGUUCACCUUUUAAUUCUGGGUAUUGAUUGUUUCUUCAAAACACUUACUGGUUCUUUAAGAAAUACGAAAUCAACUUAAUUCAGCUGGAAUAAGGUUUUUUUUAAUUCUUAAUUUUUUAAUUGAAUUUAGCUUAAUUUUACUGUCUAAAGAAUAUUGAAUUUUAUGGAGCUUAGAGAAUUUAGUGUGAGCCAUCAUAUUUAUAUCUUCAUCUAUCUUAAUGAAAUUAGAAAAAAAAUAGAUGAGUUGUUAAGGUGAAGCAAUGGAAGACGGCAUCAUUUUUUGUGAUCGAUCGAUUGAUUGGAGCUGAGAAAAGAAACUUUUGUCUUGCUUUUUCGGUUGGUGGGGUUAUUGUAUCAUUCUACGAAGGAUUGUUGGAGAGAAAGAAAAUUGUGAUUAGUUGCACGAUUAUUUUGAUUAACUGAUUGAUUGUUUAGGUGGAGGAGGGAUUUGGAGAAAGGACUUGUGACUCACAGUUGAGUGAGAAUUCCUCAUGGAAGCUUCACCCACACCAUCAAUCCAUAGCAACACCACAGCCCUGAUCCUGUCGAAUUCUAGCAAGCGUAUUGAUAGGAUGAGCAGUAGCCUCACCAGUUCCAGUUCCUGUAUCACGGAACAUUCAGCAACACCAUCGCCCUCCUCUAUUGCAACGGCACCAGCUCUGGUCCUAUGCAAUUCUGCCAAGCGUAUUGACAGGAUGUCCAGUAGCCUCACCAGUUCCAGUUCUUGUACUGCAGAAACACCGUCACCAUCCUCUAUGGCAACAGCCCCAGCUCUGGUCCUGUCGAAUUCUGGCAAGCGGAUUGAUCAAGCAGGCAAAAAGAAAUAUGUGAAACAGGUAACAGGACGCCAUAAUGACACUGAGCUGCACUUGGCAGCACAGCGUGGUGAUCUGGCGGCUGUAAAGCAGAUUCUUGCUGACAUUGAUUCACAGAUGAUGAAGACUGCAAGUGGGGAAGAUUUUGAUUUGGAAGUCUCAGAGAUACAGGCAAGUGUGGUAAAUGAGGUGAAUGAGUUGGGAGAGACAGCCUUGUUUAGUGCUGCAGAGAAAGGGCAUCUUGAUGUUGUCAAGGAGUUGUUAAAAUUCUCAAAUAAAGAGACAGUUACGCAGAAAACUAAAGCUGGGUUUGAUCCCUUGCAUAUUGCUGCGAGCCAAGGGCACUAUGCUAUUGUCCAAGUACUGCUAGAUCAUGACCCUGGUCUAUGCCAAACGUUUGGGCCAUCAAAUGCAACCCCUCUUAUCUCUGCAGCUACCAAAGGGCAUACUGAAGUAGUUAAUGAGCUGUUGUCAAGGGAUGGUAGCUUGCUAGAGAGUACCAGAUCAAAUGGGAAAAAUGCACUGCAUCUAGCUGCUCGACAGGGGCAUGUAGAUAUUGUAAAAGCUUUGCUCAGCAAAGAUCCACAGUUGGCAAGAAGAACUGACAAGAAAGGGCAGACUGCAUUGCACAUGGCUGUAAAAGGACAGAACUGUGAGGUGGUGAAGUUACUUCUUGAGGCAGAUGCUGCUAUUGUAAUGCUUCCAGACAAGUUUGGUAACACAGCAUUACAUGUAGCCACAAGGAAAAAGAGAGCAGAGAUAGUAAACGAGUUGUUGUCCCUUCCUGACUCAAAUGUUAAUGCACUUAACAGAGACCAUAAAACGGCCCUUGACAUAGCUGAGGGGCUUCCUCUCUCUGCAGAAUCCUCAGAUAUAAAGAGCUGCCUUUCUCGCUAUGGUGCCCUCAGAGCUAACGAACUGAAUCAGCCAAGAGAUGAGUUGAGGCAGACAGUGACCCAAAUUAAGAAAGAUGUCCAUACCCAGCUUGAACAAACCAAAAGAACCAACAAAAAUGUGCAUAAUAUUUCAAAGGAACUGAGGAAACUCCAUCGAGAAGGAAUCAACAAUGCCACCAAUUCAGUAACUGUGGUGGCUGUUCUAUUUGCAACUGUUGCGUUUGCAGCUAUAUUUACUGUGCCUGGAGGAGAUGAAGAUAGUGGAGUUGCUGUGGUUGUACACUCCCCUUCUUUCAAAAUCUUCUUCAUCUUCAAUGCCAUUGCUCUCUUCACUUCUUUGGCUGUUGUGGUUGUUCAAAUUACAUUGGUUAGAGGUGAAACGAAAGCAGAGAAACAGGUAGUGGAAGUGAUUAACAAAUUGAUGUGGUUGGCAUCUGUCUGUACUUCAGUUGCUUUUAUGGCCUCCUCUUAUAUAGUGGUUGGCCGGAGACAUAAGUGGGCUGCAAUUUUGGUUACAGUUGUAGGGGGUCUGAUAAUGGCUGGGGUUCUUGGCACCAUGACUUACUAUGUGGUGAAAUCCAAGAGGACUAGAAGGAAGAGGGGAAAGAAUUCAAGGAGGAGUGGAUCCAACUCUUGGCAUCAUUCUGACUUAACUAAUUCAGAAGUAGAAGUUGAUAGAAUUUAUGCCCUCUAAUGUGUGAAUCUAUAGCUUCCGAAAAAAGGGAAGGAAGAUGAAUGUUAGGAGUUACAAAAACGGAGUCCCAUUAUGCCAAUUGGAAUUAAAUUAGAAUAAUACCUUUUUGUCCUGUCUGGUAGUUGGGGACAUACACACCCUGCCUUUCAUUACCAUGGCUUGCAAGGUAUGAGCAAUUUGAACUACUAAUUUGAGGAAGGCUUUUUAGCUAAGAAGGAAGGAAGAGUGAGGAAUAUGGCAAUUUGUUGUGGUAUGUCCUAUGGGUUUGUUGAUUCAGUAUAUUAGUAGAGCAAAAGGCAUGGAUUUUGGUUCAUAAGCUGAUGGCCAUGUUACCAAAGGGCAGUGCUUUGAUCAGGCUUCUUAUUCUUUUCAUGCAAGAAAUGGAAAAGUCAUGCUUUCCUGGAGCGAAUUCUCAUAAAACGUUUUCAGUUUUCAUCUGCUGAUAUUGCUCAGCCAGCUUUGUCCGAAAAUCAGCCCGGUUAGAUGGAUUCAAACCGAUCACAUGUUUAAACUCCUUAGUAGUAUCAACUCUAUUAAAGGCCUAGCCUUGAAAAAUGUAUGAAUGAUUAACUUUUGCUGUGAUUAAACUGUAUUUGCUACAAUACAAGCUUGCUGUACUCUCAAUUAAUGUUUCCAGAAAUUGAACAGGGACUCUCAGAACUACCCUCUUCCAACACGUUUGUUGCUUUGGACUAGGACACUGGAUUUUGGACUCUCCUGUGUAAUUGUUUUCCA